AUGAGUGGGAAGGUGAGGAUAGCAGGACUAGCCUCCGUGAAUACAUUCACGGUGAGAUUAGUGAUUACCGUUGUGGUUGCUGUGAGCUUACAAAUUAGCAGCGGUCAGCUUCCAUUUGGACAUCUAGGAGGCUUUGGGGGCGGUGUUCACACUAAUGGUGCUCUUCAUGGCAAUUUACCAUCAUUCUCGACAGCAUCUCAUGCGGCAACUAUAUUCUGUGGAACAUGCGCUUACAAAGAUGCAUGCAUUGGAAGCAUUGGAUCUAUGGUCAACAAUCCCAAUGCCAACCCCAAAGACUUUUUCCAAGCUGCAAUACAAUCUAGCAUCUCUCAAGUGAGCACAGUCUUAAAUGUGUCUGGUAGCAUAGCAGCCAGUUCUUCGGGCUCCAAGAAAAUGUUCAUGGAAGAUUGCCAAGAAUUGCUUGGAUUCGCAGUUGAUGAACUCCAUGCUUGCUUUUCGACUGUUGGAGGAACCGACUUGAAUGUCUUCCGCAACAAACAAGCUGAACUCCUCAAUUGGCUGAGCGCUGUCGUAUCUUACCAGCAUACUUGCCUUGAUGGCAUAUUUGACUCUCAACUCAAAACAGAGAUUAUGUCAAAUGGCCUCUCCGCUGCAAACCAGCUUGCAAGCAAUGCCUUGGCGAUUGUCUCCACUAUCGGUGGUAAAGAAGGUGGUUUCGGUUUUAAAUUUACUAAAAACUCACAUGGGGAAUCUACCGUUGGUACUGGUUCUAGACGACUUAAGGAGGUAUAUCAAAGCAAUGGUGAGCCAUCGUGGUUGUCCGGUGAAGAUAGAAAACUAUUGGGUGGCAACAAUGGCAAUGGAAAUUUAACACCUAAUAAAGUUGUAGCUAAGGAUGGGAGUGGAGACUUUAAAACUAUUGGAGAGGCUCUUUCUUCCUAUCCCAAGAACCAUCAAGGUAGAUAUACUAUAUAUGUUAAAGCUGGGAUAUACAACGAGUAUCUAACUGUUACAAAAGAACAAGUCAAUGUGUUUAUCUACGGAGAUGGACCCCGAAAGACGAUCAUCACAGGAAGAAAGAAUUUCAACGAAGGCGUUUCAACCUUUAGAACUGCUACAUUUUCUGCUAUUGGAAAGGGAUUUGUGGCAAAGUCGAUUGGAUUUCAAAACACAGCAGGACCAGAGGGACACCAAGCAGUGGCACUUCGAGUUCAAUCAGACAUGUCUGCAUUUUACAACUGCAGAAUAGAUGGUUACCAGGACAGUUUGUAUGUUCAAACUCAUCGUCAAUUCUACCACAACUGCGUCAUAUCAGGCACAGUUGACUUCAUCUUUGGGGAUGCGGCUGCUGUUAUCCAGAAUUCAUUGAUCAUUGUUAGAAAGCCUGGGAAAAACCAGAAGAAUGCAGUGACUGCCCAAGGGAGAGUUGACCAGUAUGAAAGUACUGGCAUAGUAAUCCAAAACUGUAGGAUUGUCCCUGAACAAAAACUCAUCUCAGAAAGAUUGACUACUCCCACAUACUUAGGUAGGCCAUGGAAAGAAUACUCUAGGACAGUAAUUAUGGAGUCCACAAUCGAGGACUUGAUCCAACCAGCAGGAUGGAUGGAAUGGGAUGGUGACUUUGCUCUUAACACACUCUACUACGCUGAAUAUGCAAAUAGAGGCCCUGGAGCUGCAACCAACCAAAGGGUUAAAUGGAAGGGUUACAAGGUCAUCACUAACAGGAAUGAAGCUAUGCAAUUCACAGCUGGCCAGUUUCUCCAAGGAAACUUGUGGUUAGGAAAUACUGGUGCACCCUUCUUCCUUGGAUUAAAGCACUAA